AUGACCCUUUCGUUUGUGUACAGUGCUCUUCCUCUCUUCGCUUGGGGUGUGAGGAAAGCUGUAAUUCGAAAGAUACCAGCGUACAGCUUGCCCGAUUUCGACACGUCUAGUAGAGACGCUAGUAAACUCAUCACGCUCUUUGGCUUGCGUCGAGGGUGCAUCAAAAACUCAGAGAGUCAACAACCCACGCCUUCGCUCAACGACUAUUACCUCCCUACCGACUUGCCCUCGCCGAACCAGACCUCGUCAAACCAGACCCAGCAGGAAUGGCAAGACAGCGACACAGUGCACGAAAUCGCCGAACUUAUCCUGCUAGCCGUUUCAGCCCACGGCAGCCCCCGAGUCUCCAUCUACAAAUCGAUCCGUGGAAUAAACAAACCUCUAGCACUUCAAGACGACACCAAGCUCCCUGACCUAGCGUUAGCAGUACUCCAAGCGAUCCGCAAGGGGCUCAACGGCAUGCGCGAAGAAGACCUAGGGGCAGGCGUCCGAACCAUGCUCGCUGCAGCGCGAGACAAAGGGCAGAUCGACAUCGACGAGGAGCACCGGGAGUGGAGGACGGUCGAAGCGCUUGCGGUGAUCAUGGCCUCCUUUCCGGACUAUAUCGAAGCUUUAGGGUUCGAGAAACUGGGCGCGAAAGAGGGUAAGCCGAGGGCCACCAGCAAGUGCAACCUCUGGCGACGGAUUGCUAAUUUAUCAAGGCUCUUGGGCUUGUAAGUGGUGUCUGGAGCACAAGAAUUUGAUUAAGCCACGGCCAGGAGAUGGACCGGAGAUACAGCUUUGGCAUGUUUUGUAUGGGGUCCUUUCUGAGAUGGGCAUGAAAUGGGGUGAGGAAGACUCAGGCUCAGAUGAAUACGAUUGAGGCCGGCCGGUGGACAGGAUAUUAUGUUUCGAGGACAACGGAAUGGAUAGCUUAUUGGAUAAGAAUCGAUCCAUCCAUCGUAGCUUUUGAACCCUCUCUUCACAGACAGCGCCUCAGGU